CUCUCGCCCUCACAAAGAUGGCGUCGAAGCAGCGAGGGGGCCGGCGGGCGGCGGGAACGGCGGCGACGGGCCGGGCGGCCGCCGAGGAGGCCGAGCAGUCGGUGCCGCUGCAGGCGGUGCUGGUGGCGGACAGCUUCAACCGGAGGUUCUUCCCCAUCACCAAGGACCAGCCGCGGGCUCUGCUCCCCCUCGCUAAUGUAGCGCUGAUCGAUUACAGCUUGGAGUUUCUAACAGCGACUGGUGUCCAAGAAACCUUCGUUUUCUGCUGUUGGAUGGCCCAGAAAAUCAAGGAGCACAUUCAGAAAUCAAAGUGGAACCGUCCCACCUCUCCAAAUACCAUCCAUGUCAUGAGUUCCGAGUCCUAUCGGUCUUUGGGGGACGUGUUAAGGGACGUAGAUGCAAAGUCGCUUGUCCGCUCAGAUUUCAUAUUAAUUUAUGGAGAUGUUGUAUCCAAUAUCAAUGUGACCAAAGCGUUGGAGGAACACAAGGCUCGACGGAAGUUGGAGAAGAACGUGUCUGUCAUGACAAUGAUUUUCAAGCAGUCAUCACCAGGUCACAGGACAAGGAGUCAGGAGGAUGACAUCAUUGCAGCCGUGAACAGCAAGACCAGCCGCCUGCUGCACUAUCAGAAAGCCCGCAAGCUGAAGAAGUUCCGAUUUCCUAUGCACGUCUUCCACAGUAACAAUGACGAGAUUGAAAUCCGGCAUGAUCUGCUUGACUGUCACAUCAGCAUCUGUUCCCCACAGGUUGCAGAACUGUUCACAGAUAACUUCGAUUAUCAAACCAGAGAUGACUUUGUGCGGGGGAUUCUUGUAAACGAAGAGAUAUUAGGCAAUCAGAUUCAUAUGAACGUGACAGCGGAUGAAUAUGGGGUGAGGGUCUCCAACCUACUCACGUAUGAAGCAGUGUGUUCUGAUGUCAUUCGCCGCUGGGUCUACCCCUUAACCCCAGAGAUGAACUUCACAGACGACGAGAGAGGUUUCAGUGUCCAUCUGCGGCACAACGUCUACCGGGGCUCAGAAGUCAGCCUGGGUCAGGGCAGUGUGGUGGAAGAGAAUGUCGUCAUCGGCAAAGGCACUGUCAUCGGAAGGAACUGCUUUAUUACAAACACCACCAUUGGUCACAACUGCGUUAUAGGAGAUAACGUGAAACUCGACCAAGCCUAUAUAUGGAAUAACAUCUCUAUCGGAAAUGGAGUGGAAAUCUGCAGAUCAGUUGUGUGCAGCCAGGUGGAAGUUAAGCCUGGAGUCAAACUCAAUGCGCACUGUGUUUUAGCAUUUAAUGUGAUUGUGGGGCCGAAUAUAUCCCUUCCUGAGGGAACUGUCGUCUCGAUGCACCUGCCAGAUGAAGAGGAAGAUGAGGAUGAGUUCAGCGAUGAUGCAGGAGUGAACCAUGCACCACUGAAAGCAAAGGUGAAAGGCUACAACUCAGACGAAGUGGGAUCGGAGGGUGUGGGGUAUAUAUGGAAGGUCCCUGCUGAGCAAGAGGAUGAAGAGGAUGAACCGGUGCGAGAUAUGUGGGGUCUGAAUCUGAAGCCUCAGUCGAGGAGCGAGAGUGAGAGCGAAAUGAGUCUCUGCUCACAAGAGGAAGAGAGCAGAAGUAUCUCACCUCAGAUGGAUGACGCAAAAGUAUUUCAGAAUGAAGUUCUUGGCACACUGCAACGGGGGUUGGAGGAAAAUAUUUCCUGUGAUCACCUUGUGCUGGAGAUCAACUCUCUCAAGUACGCCUACAACAUCACCAUGAAGGAUGUGACACAGCUCACCACUAAGGUGGUCCUGGAGAUGCCCCUCCAACAGCACGGACCUGAAAUCUCUGCUGCACAGUACGGCAACGCUCUCAUCUCUCUUUUGAAGAAGUGGUCACAGGUGUUUAAGAAUUACAUCAAGCGGGCCAUUGAUCAUCAGAAUUGCCUGGCUGCUAUCGAGGAGUUCUUCAUCGAACACGAGGCGCUCUGGCCUGCCAUCGUCAAGGUGUUGAUGACCCUGUAUCAGCUGGAAGUGUUGGCAGAAGAGGCUGUUCUCCAUUGGUUCUCUCAGACCACAUACACAGAGAAGGCGAAAAGACUUCGAAAGCAUCAGGGGGUGCAGAGGUUCAUCGUAUGGCUGAAAGAGGCAGAGGAAGAAUCGUCUGGGGGAGAGGACUGACAAUCGGGUCAUACGGACCCUUCGUAACCUCCGGCAUCACUGUUGACUGAAAUGGCCACUCGGGUCAACUGACCCAAAUCUCGUUGAGUGUGUUAUAUCAUUUUAAGUGCAAGGAGUAAAAGAGUUUUAUCAGGUUGAAAGGUUUUAAUUGGA